ACGCUCUCUCGCUCUGAGGUCGCAGUCCUACUGUCUGUGUAUCGGCAAUGCUCGUGUGUAGUGUGUGACUGUACGUUGAGGGGCUGAACUCAAAGCCCCCCCGUGGUCGUCCUGACUGAGAGCUAAGGGAGGCUGUCGAUUUCCCCAAGAGACCCCAUUGCAGGUGGUGUGUGAGCAGUGAGGGGAAAAGUUUAUGACAGCUCUGCUGUUUUCGGUUCUCGGUUGCCCCAUGGAGCUUUUUGAUUUUACGGAUGCAGCUACAGACUUUUUACCAGGCUGUCUGACUCAGUAAUGCACUUGUAUCGGACAGAGUCACGUUCGGGAUUGCAUAUUGGGUUACAGUGAAUCCACGUAACAGUUACUGGAUUGGUUUUUGAAAAAAUUCCACUUCAUUUCUGUGGACGUUUUCUGGAUAGCAGUUCUCAAGGGAGGUUUUCCAGAUCAGAGAUGGAAGAGCAGGCUGGCAGCGCGGGCAACAGCCCUCAACACGGGCGCGGGUCGGCCAGGCAGGACGUCCUACGAUGUGGUUGGCUCCGGAAGCAAGGAGGUUUCGUGAAGACCUGGCACACGCGUUGGUUCGUCCUCCGAGGAGACCAGCUGCACUACUACAAGGACGAGGACGAGACCAAGGCUUUGGGCUCCAUUUCCCUACCUGGCAACAGAGUCACCGAACAUCCCAGCAAUGGGGAGGAAAGUGGAAAGUUCCUAUUUGAAGUCAUCCCAGGUAAGGAGAAACCUUUUUUUUACCAUACGUGUGACCUUGUAGAGGGCAAAAAUGAAGGAGGUAAAUGCCACGUUGUAUCUAUCAGCGAUAUCAUCACAGUCCCACGCGCCAGCCGGGCAACUGCAGCUGAGAUGCGUGGGAAUGCUAACGGUAUUACAGGCGUCUUUGGCCUGCGUGUGGAAAUCCGUCCUGUGUUGCGUAUACCCAGCAGAGAGCCGUGA